CUCAAUCAGACCUGGCAGUCGCCGCAAGAACAACAGCUCCCUAUGUCCGUGUUGAUAUUUGUGGCUGGUGUGUUGGGUAAUCUCAUCACAUGCAUUGUCAUAUCGCGUAAUAAAUUCAUGCACACCGCCACCAAUUUCUAUCUCUUCAACUUGGCGGUGUCGGAUUUGACGUUGCUGCUGUCAGGUGCACCUCAAGACGUUUACAGUUAUUGGUAUCCCAAUGCCUUUUCAUUUGGCGAUGUACUUUGCAUUCUUGGCAGUGUCUUAACGGAGACAGCCACCAAUGCAACCGUACUGACAAUAACAGCAUUUACCGUGGAACGUUACAUAGCGAUAUGUCAUCCAUUUCGUAGUCUAGUGAUUGGCAAUCACUUUGUCGAACAUGUUUUCGCCGUGUCGGGAUUUAUCUUCUUCGCUGGUUCCAUGACGACGAUUUGUGUACUCUACGUCCUGAUUGGCAUAAAGUUGAAGCGGAGUCGCUUGCUCCAGGCAAUGGCAAGGCGUAGUCUGGAUGUGCAUCGUGGAAUCAGCGCUCAAAGUGAUUUUUCAUAAUUUUUCCCUGAUAUUAUCGCUGUAUAGAUCACUCCACCGUACUAUGUACUCAGCCUAAUGUUUAUUUUGUUCAUCAUACGCAGAGCUGCACCCUUCCAAUAAGACUGCCGUAACUUAAUCUUUUAAUAAAAACUCACAGUAGAGAAAUACGCAAUUGACACUUAAAAUUAUUUCAUUCCAUGGGCAUAUCAAAUAUUUACAAAUUACUUUGCACAUACGAUUUUGUCACGCGUCUGUUGCGUCAUUAAACAAUGUGAAAAUAGGUAAAUAAAAAAAAAAAACAGUCAAAAAACAAACAAACCGAAAUACCAUUAGCCAGCCAAAGAAUUACAUAUCUCUCUAACCCAAGUGUACGUUUUGCCAAUCCCAGGCGCGGUUCCAGUUCAAUACGCCUAAGCAAAUAUUUACAUAAUUUUGUGUUGGCGGCGCAAACAGCUCACCCACUGAAGACAAUUAAUAUCAUUUUAAGCCACAACCCCUUGCCACAGUGACUCGAAAGCGUUUUAUCGCGGAUUCACUUUUCUUUGUAGGAGUCAGGUAAUCGCGAAGCCUAAUUCAAGAAGCACUUGUGGAAUCGAUAAAUUACAGUUUUGCUUUGACAGACAGACAGCUUGGGUGAGAGUAGAGGGCAAUUGUUUAUUUUGGCACGAAGGUAUAUUUAUUGACCCAGAAAAUAACCAAAAUCGCAAUCAAUAGAAAAACGUACAUGUAGUUCGUCUAUCGCCAUUGUUGGUGAACACAACCGCAGCGAAAUCGUCUGAAAGCAACAGCAGUUUAAAUAUUGGUUUGGAGUUAGAAAGCUUGGUGAACUUUUAUACCAUUCACUCAAUAAAGUGCAGAUGUUAAGGAGUUGUAAAUACUGAACGAGCUAUCAGUCGUACAUACCCACGUCGAGGAAAGUAUAGUAUCAAAAUUUUGAGAAUAUUCUCUCAGUAUGGUUCAAAAUCUUUAGAUGUGCACUGUGUUAUGAUGUUAUACUUUGUUGCACUACUUCAACCAAUCAACCAUAUCUUCGGUUAAUACAUCUUG